GUAUUAAUGAGACGAGGGGAAUUUGGAAGAGAUAAAGAAAUAACGUUCAAUCAAAAUUGGAACAGUUACAAACACGGCUUUGGAGACUUCGAUGGAGAAUUUUGGCUGGGAAAUGAUAAUAUUCAUUUACUUUCGAAUGAUGUGAGGAAUGAUUUGCUGAUUGAAUUGAAUUCUUUCAACGGAAAAUCGAAAAAUUUCACUUUCAGAUCAUUUUAUAUCGAAAAUGAGAUUCAUGACUAUAGACUUCACAUUGGACAACCCCUAAAUAAUUCACCAAAAGUUAUGCAUGAAUUUAAUAGUAGACCGUUUGUUAGCUACGACAGGAUUAUGGAUCAACCUGGUAAUAACUGUGCUGCAUAUUAUAAGGGAGCUUGGUGGUACAGAAGAUUCUGUCGUUAUCCUGAUUUAACCAGUGAAAGAAUUGACCCUAGCGUUGAUAGAGUUCCAAUAAAAGGAAUGCAGUCAGUACUUUGGAGAGAAGGGGGUUUAUUGAAAUCUGCUGAAAUGAAAAUUCGUCCAAUAAAUUUUCUCGUUUAAAUUUAAACCGAAGCUUCCAAAGACUUUAAAACAAAUUUUUAAAAUCUUGUGAAUUCUUAUAUUUUAUUUCUUUUGAAAAAAACAGUAUUUGUCUAUAGUUGAAUAUAUCUUUUUAUUUAUAUAAAAAAUAAUCAAAUUUAUUACAAAUUUGAUUUAAAUAGAAUCUCGUUUUGGUUGAAUUGUAAUGGAAUUUCUCAGUGUAAGAGAUUUUUGU